GUGAAUUGUCGGAACAACCCUCUCCAUCGUCUAUCAGAGCGCCUGUCAGAGCACCGUGGCUGGCUGUCCGUCCGUUAAUGUGUCCCUCCCACUGAUCUUUUGCAGAUUGUAAUCUUAUCAGUGUCAAACCGUAGCUGCCCUUUCCUCUCGGACAUACCCUACACGUCUUUGGAUGGCGUUCGUCCCAAAAAUUUGGAUAGAAAACGUUUGUAUUUGAGAAAACUUUACCAGCAACGGGUUUACCUGCAUUUACGUGCGCGUUUGAAUGUGUAAUAAAAUGAACAUUGGACUGUUUUGAAAAUUUCGACCAAAACAAGACAUGGAAUCUAAAUGCAAAGAAAGAAGUCUUUUGUAUCUACUUUUCUUUGCAAUUUGCACAGCUAACGUUUGCUUUUGUGCGAGAAGAUCAAAUACACGAAGAUCUGAUCGCCUGAGUCCUCCAUUAGACAUCCAGCUGGAGACAAUCAACUGCACUGCCUUCAGUGUACGAUGGAAGAUGCCCCGGAGACAUGUUAGCACCAUCACUGGAUAUAAGGUUUUCUACACAGAGAUGAAGAAUGGCCGUACAGUAGGGACUGCAUCCAUAAUGGAGGUCCCACUCAGUUUGGACAUGCUGACUACUGGGCAAUUUGAUGGACAAGCAAGCUUUGACGUGGACAUUGGUAACCUGAAGGUGAAUACUAAAUACAGAGUCAGUGUUGGAGCAUAUGGUUGGGCAGGGGAGGGUAGACCCAGCAUGCCCAGAGACAUCAGCACUGCUUCACAGGAAAUGUGUAUGCCCCCUUCACCGCCCUCUCAGCCCACCGUCAUGGCUGUAUCUGACACAGAGCUGGCGCUAUCGUGGCAGCAAGGAGAGAGCGAUGGAAGUGCACCUGUUCUUCACUUCCUGGUGGCUUACAUCAGGCCAGAAAUGGACAUGGAGUGGACAUAUAUUCGUGAGCCCAUUGAGACUAACUCCAUGGUUUUGAAAGGGUUAAUACCAGAAACAGAGUACCAGUUUGUUGUCAGGGCAGUCAACAAGCAUGGAGUUAGCCCACCCAGCCCUAUCAACAACCCUGUGCGCACACUUGGUGCAUCAGAUGUUGGCAGUGGUGAUUAUGGGCGUUACAUCACAGAUUCUGGGCUCAAAGACGACGAUGGAUUUGACACUGAUGACUCUGAUUAUGAUAUUUUUAUAGAAGAGUUGAAGCCAUUUCCAGGUAUAAGUCAGGACAACAGGAAGUCCCAGCUCCGUUCACACUCUGGUCCCCCAUCUGGUCGAAAUGUCAUUUACCGUAUGAACACCAUCGCUCCUCCUAACAUUACCUCCACACCAGUUUCCACCACCACCACCUCAUCCAUCUUUUCAGAAUUUACAGAUCUGGUUUUCUCAGUCACUUCACAGCCUAGUAGCACUCUUGACACCAAAACUGCUGCCCCACGUACCCCUACCAGCAUCCCUUUGUCCACCACCACUGCUACCUCAAACAUGUACCCUUGGAGAGGUGAGGUGCCUCGCGUGUCCGAUCUGACCUGUGAUGAUAUUGUGUGCCCACCUGACAGCUUCUGCCUCACUGAUUAUGAAAGCAGGGGUUCACGCUGCCACUGCAACCUUGGACGAGGAGGGGACACAUGCUCUGAGGCGGUAUCAGUGAAGUUUCCCAGGUUCCAUGGCUACUCUCAUAUGACCUUUGAACCCUUAAAAAACUCUUAUCAGACCUUUCAAAUCACUUUGGAGUUCAAGGCGGACUCUGAGGAUGGUUUGCUGCUGUACUGUGGAGAGAAUGAACAUGGCCGUGGAGACUUUACUUCUUUGGCUUUGGUUCGGGGGAAGCUUCAUUACAGGUUUAACUGUGGUACAGGAGCAGCUCAGAUAGUCAGUGAGAGCAGCAUUGCUCUUGGUCAGUGGCACACAGUAACUGUCUUCAGAGAUGGCAUGAGUGGCUGGCUCCGCAUGGACAACGACACACCCAUAUCUGGACGCUCACAGGGUCAGUAUAGUAAGAUCACCUUUCGCUCCCCGUUGUAUGUGGGUGGAUCCCCAAGCACUUACUGGCUGGUCAAAGCGACAGGGACAAAUCGUGGCUUUGUUGGUUGCAUUCAGAGUCUGACCAUCAACAACAAGGCUACAGACAUCAGACCCUGGCCCAUGGGCAAAGCGCUGAGUGGAGCUGAUAUAGGUGAAUGCAGUGACAGUGUGUGCGACCAGGUCAGCUGUGCCAAUGGUGGAGUCUGCUUUGCAAACCGUGCUGAUGGCUACAUCUGUCUGUGCCCACUUGGCUUCAGAGGAGUACUUUGUGAAGAGAGUUUCUCACUGUCCUCGCCACUCUUCAAUGAAACAGUGUUUUCAUAUGCUGUCAUCCCAUGGCCUCAGUCCUCACAGAGUUACCUGUCUUUUAUGGAGUUUGAGGUGACAUUUCGGCCGUCAAUGCCCGAUGGAGUGCUGCUGUACAGCGAUGACGCAGGGAGCGGGGACUUCCUUGCUAUAAACCUGGUGGACAGAUAUGUAGAGUUCAGAUUUGACUGUGGUUCUGGAGGAGCUGUCAUAAGGAGUGAGGAGCAGAUCAGUCUGGACUCAUGGCACGAGCUAAGAGUAUCACGCACAGCAAAGAGUGGCAUCCUGCUGGUAGACAGCCAGAGGCCUGUGGAGGGGAUUGCCGAGGGAGCUUUCACUCAGAUCAACUGCAGCUCGCCUCUCUAUAUUGGCGGUGUGCCAGAAUAUGAUAAAACGAAAAGGACAGCAGGUGUAAUAAAGCCCUUCACUGGAAUUAUUCAGAAGCUAAUACUCAAUGACUGCACCAUCCCCAUAACAACUGGCUCUGCUGGUGGAGUUAAUGUAGCCAAUUCUGCACACCCAUGUGUAGAAAGCCCAUGUGCCAAUGGAGGGACCUGCAGGCCAAAGUGGGAUGGAUAUGAAUGUGACUGCCCCCUAGGGUACGAUGGGAGGCAUUGCCAGAAAGAGUGUGGGAAUUACUGUUUGAACACUGUGACUGAAGCCAUAGAGAUCCCACAAUUCAUUGGAAGAAGUUACCUGACCUAUGACAACAGAGAUAUCCUUAAAAGAGUAUCUGGGUCCAGAACCAGCCUUUUCAUGCGUUUUAAGAGCACAGCCAAAGAUGGGUUGUUACUCUGGCGAGGGGACAGUCCGAUGAGACCCAACAGUGACUUUCUUUCUAUAGGUCUUCAAGAUGGCGCUCUUAUCUUCAGCUACAACCUGGGCAGUGGUGUGGCCAACAUUGUUAUCAAUGGGACCUUCAGCGAUGGAAAGUGGCACAGAGUCAAGGCUGUGAGGGAUGGCCAGACAGGAAAGCUGACUGUUGAUGACUAUGGAGCCAAGACGGGAAGGGCGCCCGGCAAGAUGAGACAGCUUAAUAUCAAUGGACCCUUAUAUGUUGGUGGCAUGAAGGAGAUAGCUCUUCACACAAACAGACAGUACAUUGGAGGCUUGGUGGGCUGCGUGUCCCACUUCACACUGUCCACUGACUAUCACUUAGCACUGGUGGAGGACGCUGCUGAUGGCAAGAACAUCAACACCUGCUCCAACUAGGGAAUGACUUCAAAAGAUUAAGAUCCUUUUUCAACGCUAUUUCCAACCGAACCAUCUGGUUUGUCAUCUUAAAACUCAUUUUCCAGCAACAAAUCAACAAAAAUUUAAAUUAUAAUUUUUUUUUUGGUACCAAUUCAGAUCUGAUGAUCCUGAGAGGAUAUUACAAAGCACAAGUACUUUGUGAAAAGAGGGAGAGAAAGAGCUUAGCAUUAUGGUUGAUGAGGAUCUUUGAAAAACCCCUCUGAAGGACUUUUUCAUGGGAUGACUGCAUUUCUAUCUUUACUCUUUUUUUUUCUACUGUAAAUCCUUAUUUGAUUGCUUGAAGAACCAAGUGAUCCAAGGGAUCAAAAGUCAUCAUGAACCUGACCUAGAGCAGCUAGCAGAGAUAAACUUCUUUUUUUUAGAGGAUUUUGGUUUUGGUUCUAGAGGAUUUUUGUUGUCUUUGUUGUGUUGUGGCAUUUGUAUUCUUGUUUGUGAUAUAUUAUCAAUCUGUAGACAUAUUUUCUAAAGUCUGAUGGAUGUCAGUUUUCUAAAAGCUUUUUAGUUUUGGAGGGUAAAUAAGUCAGCUACGCAAAAUGUUUGUUUUAAUCUUCUUUUAGUUCACUCGAUCUUUUGUUCUCUCAGAUGUUAGUAACAUGAAAGUCUAACGUUGGCACCGUGAGGCAGAUGAAAUCUUCAACAAAUUACGUGUGACAGACUGUUACUGUCAUCUGACACAAACCACAGUACUGUGGAUGUCAGCCUUUAAAGCUGCUUUGUAAUUCUUGAUUAAAACAGAUUUUAUUUGCGCAUUUGCAUGACUUAAAAUGAUCAAGCUACUUAUUUUUCAUGUCUGAAUUUUAUCCCUCAAAAAGAACAAUCUGCAAUUACUCCAUUUGCAUCUUAUGACCUGGUAUGGUAUUUUUUUUUUUUUUUUGUGAUGGCCAUUCUCACAAGACACCAUUGUUCAGAUAAGAUGGUUUGCUGAUGAGAGAUAGUCCCCUGUUUCAAAGAAAGUCUGAUACUUAUCCUUGAAUUAUGAAAAGUGUUUCAAAAGAUGUGCAUCUAAUGAAGUCACUAUGUGACUGUGAAUGUACAUGGUAUCAGCUGACUUCAACCACAGAAUAACUAUAAUAGGUUGACUGUGUAGAACGUGUAGUAUAUACUAACUGAAUUUAAAACAUAAUAAGUAACUAUAGACCAUGUGUCUAAAAGUCCAUUUAAAGCUUUAGGCUUAGAUUUAUGAUGCUAUCAUACUUGUCGGAUAGUGAAGGGAGAAAACCUAAAAUCCGUGUAUAGGCCUGAACUGCGCAUAGCCAAAAUGGGAGACGUAAGCAGGACUCAUCCUGAAUGAAUGUGCACACAAAGAAAACAUACUACUCAAGCCUUAAUGUGCCCCCAAAUAUAUCCCCCUGGAAAUGAAAGUGAAUAAUUAAGUGCAAAGAGGCAUGCCAAGAUGUCAUCUUUUGUUAUAUGAUGAGAUAUUGAUUGUUAGGAUUUUGGAAAGUAUGCUUUUUUUAGACCUGCAGACUUUUCCUAUUACAAGAUGAUGAAAUACAUUACCAGUCAAAAGUUUGGGCACACUUAGUGUGCCCAAACCUUUGACUGGUAAUGUACAUAAAGUGAGCUGAAUUAUGUUCAACUUGGUCUGUAUGUGUUAUUGGUUCACUGUGACAGCUGUACAUCAAAAAUGAGACCCUUCAAAUAAAGUCCAGACAAACAGAUUAAACAAUUUGCUAGCCAACGUUUUGCUGUGGUUUAUAAUAACUAGGUAGUGCUAUUAACAUUUUGUUUGGGAAAUGGACUUAAUUUCAUAACAGUACACUUUAUGAACCAUUUUGUGCUGGCUACUGUGCUUGUUA